AUGUCAAAACCCCCGCUUAUGCGUAUCCCUUACACGGGACCUUUACCUCCUCCGCUGAUUAUACCUUCUGCUGCAAGCACCUUGAAUGGAGCAGCCACUGCUAUCGCUGAAUUCCUAACUGCUCGCCAGAGCCAGAAGGGUGGCGAUGUCAAUACAAAAGAUAAGACCGUUCUGCUUACGGGCGCUGGCAUAUCAGUAGCCUCAGGCCUGGCAGACUACCGAGGCAAGAAUGGAACCUAUACACGAAACAAGACCUACAGACCAAUCUACUUCCAUGAGUUUGUGGCAUCGCAUGAGGCUCGAAAGAGAUACUGGGCCAGAUCUUUUCUAGGCUGGACGAGUCUACACAAGUCGCGUCCAAAUCCUGCUCAUUACGCUGUCAGAGAUCUAGCUAAACAUGGUGUAUUGACUUCGGUCAUCACUCAAAAUGUUGACUCCUUCCACAACAGAGCACAUCCAGGUCUGCCUGUGGUUGAGCUACACGGUUUUCUUCGCAGUCUAGUAUGCCUGAGCUGUAGGAGACUCAUGCCAAGAGACGAGUUUCAGAGUUGGCUGUCAAAAUUGAACCCUGAAUGGGACCAGUUCUUACAGGAAUUACUCAAGUCUGGAGCGCUUGAUACAGAAGAUCCUGAAGAAAGGAGAAAGAAGGGCUACAGGACGAAUCCAGAUGGAGAUGCGGAUGUGCCUGGUGCACCUUACUAUACAUUCAGAUAUCCUGCUUGUCCGGAAUGUCUGCGACGUGCUCCCAUCCUGAAGGACGGUUCCAAGGGAAGGGUCGAGGUUGAUGCAGAUGGUGCUUGGUCUGAGAAAUCGGAUUCAGGCAUCCUCAAGCCAAAUGUGAUUAUGUUUGGCGAGAGCAUUCCCGUCGAGGUCAAGCAGCAAGCUGAGGCCGCACUCGAUGAAGCGGGUAGAAUCCUAGUCAUUGGCAGCAGUCUGGCGACCUACUCUGCCUGGAGGAUAGUGAAGAAAGCAUUCGAUCAAGGUAUGCCUAUUGGUAUCCUGAAUAUGGGUGGUGUGAGGAAAGAAGCUGAAUUCUUUCCUGACCGCGACCGCUUCGAGGAUGGGACCGAUGCAGUGCGAGCGAGCUUGGCUGCUGAGCAAGUUCUGCCACAGGUGGUCAAAUUAAUUUCGUAG